AUUUUGUCAAACAUAUGUGUCGAAAAAAGUUAUAUUUUCUCCAGGAAAACAGCCAACACCAGCUUCUUAGAGAAGUUUAACGUACUGCGGAUGUUUUCACGCCGAUGUCUUGUGCUGUCGAUGGUCACUUAAGAAGAAUGUUGGAUUCGUCGGGACCGUCCGUUGAUCUGAGAUGAUUACAACAACAACAAUAACAGCAGUAAAAGUUAAAAAUACUCAAGCAUUUCAGUCUAAAACUUUGCGGCGUCACUGCGGAAAAUUUUCAGGCGGGAUAAAUAUGGAGAUGAGUCUCCUUCCCUUGUUGACGUGACCGAAAACUGUAGCCAUGACGACAAUGAUGGGGGAGUUGGUGGAAGUGGAAAUGACGGCUAUCUUGAGGAUCAGCGUGACUCUCUCGGUGACGAGAAUAGUCUAAAAAGUGAAGAUGUUGCAGAUGAAAGACGAGAAGAGAGUUCUAGCCAGUGUUAUGAGAAUUAUGACAACGACACAAUAAAUUCUUCCAGAAAUUUGUCAGAAGACUGUGAUACAGAUUUAAACUCUGAAUUUCCUACGGCUAACAAUGAUCAAUGCGGAGCAAAAUUAAAGGCGUCUCGCAUCAGUGCUGAAACGGGCAAAAAGGUCAAGGAUGCGCUUCAAAAAGGACGAGAGUUCCUCAAAAGAAAGUUCAGCGACUACCAGCACAAGUUCAAAGCCAAAUGGGAUGGCGGCAGUGGUAUGUCGCUAUCAAGCAGUUCUGAAACGAACGGCGAUGAAAAUCUGUCAGAGUCGGUGUUAAAAAGGGAGCUGUCUGCGGGUUCCUUCAGCCACAACGGUGUCACUGAGGACACUGUACAAGGAGAACAGUCAGUUAUCAUGGAGGCUAAUGGGGAAAAUGGUGUUAAUGGAUACCCUGAUGAUCACCAUGGCUCUGAGGGAAACACCAGUCCUGUGAGCCCCAAGGGAGUUGGUGAUGGAAUUAUCGAGGAUCCAGAAACUGCUAAAACGACUGAUGCUGGUAACCAUGGCAACCAAUCCUUUGACAGACAGCUGGCUGAUGAUGAUGAUAUACAGUUAGGAGAGGAAGCUAUAUCAAUGACAAGGACAGGGGACUCUGAUGGAAAAAGUCCAGGCAAUCAUUCCAUUGCUGGCCAGUCUGCUUUAGCAAAGCUGUUGAUUCCACAGGACAGUUUCCAUAGCGACAUGACUCAGAACAGCCAAUCGACUGUGUCCAGUGUGGAAGCAUUGCUGGAGGACCGGAAGGUAGAUCCUGAAGUUGUAUUGACGAAUCUCGGCUUUGGGAGCUUGACUGACGAUGAAAACUACUGUCGCAUUCCGCUGCGCUUUCUGCAGCAGACGUCGGGAGCGAAAGGCAUCAAUGUGGACCACUUCCUGGAGGAACAUGAGGAUUUGUCUCAUCUCCUCAACGCCUGGCAACAACAACAGUACGGCAUGGUGCAGUUCAACCCUUGGCAGUUUGCCAAGACGGUGUCUGAUGCACAGUCAUUCAUUAACGUCGUCCAUGCAAAUGUUGAGCAAAAGGGUCCUCUGUCGCCUCCAAAUGUCCCAAUCCCCUUUAGCGUCCUGCAUCCGGCCAAUCAGCAUGCUCUGGCCAGCCAAGGUUACUAUGAUGACCAAGAUGGUGGGAAGAGCUCUGAGCGUGCAAAACACAAGCGUAAGUCUGAGAAUCACAUUUCUGCAGAUGACAAACGAAGACUGUUCAAAAAAAGCCACAGAAGUUGGAAUCUAGUGGACGACGAAUCUGAUUCGGAAAGUCCGCAGAUUUCGGAGUCAACAGGAGGCGUCACAUCUUCUGGAAGCAGAGUCACAAUGAGUUUAGACUCUUCAGACGGCAGUCUGAGUCCCUUCUGGAACGCGGGUGGACGGAAAGAUGUUGACUCCCUGACUUUAUCGCAAAGUUUGGAAUUGUCUCAAAAUAAAGUUCUCACUUAUCUGUUCCCUGAGAAAUCAAAACCAGAAGGUAACUGUUUCCAUGGUGACACAGAAUCAGAAACCUGGUACACUCCACCUAGUUCCCCUCCACCAGGUAGUCCUAAGGACGUAUGGAGCUCUUCUACACUGUUGGACGUAUCUUUGUGUACAUCAGUUGGGGAUGAUUCUGUGUUCGAGGAAGUGCUUUCUGGGAUUGAGGUAAAAGAACAUGAGAAUAAGGUGGAUGGUUUGUCCAAUGAAAAUGAAGGAGGCUCAGGGACAUCGUUUGUUAGCCAUUCAGAACCAUGCUCAGAAAUCAGGUCUAUAAUUUCUACCUCAAAAGAGCAAAACCCAUCACUGUCGAAAAAGAAAAGUGUUUCCUUUAAAGAUGAAGAGGAUAUUGUGUCAGAAAUCUCAGGCCCUUGUGAUAAUGCAGGAGUUCCAGACAAAACAGGUGCUGAAACUGUGAUAUUAGCAAAUAUUAGCAAUAAUAAGGCCAGAGGAAAACCAGAUUUUGAUUCAAAACUUGAGCAAGGUCAGCGAGAAAAUCUGGAAAUGCCAGAAAAUACUUGUUCAUUAGAUUUUGAACGAAUGUUAGGCAAUAAUGUGAUUGAAAAUGAAGGCAAAGUGGAAGGAGUGCCAAAUGCCAAAAUGAAACUCACUGACAAUACACAAAUAACCAAAGUAACUACACCAAAAGCUGACGAAAAUCCAGAGGAUUUUGAAAAAAGAGAUGUCUUCCAGGUUAAUGUAGAAACUGUGCCAAAGCAAUUUGAAAUUUCAUGGCAAGGCCUCAGUGAACAUGCACAAAAUACAGUUUACAGUGAUAUGACCAAAGAACAAAGCUGUGAUAAUGUUAGGUAUAGCCCAAAACGCAAAAAACUGGUGAGACAAAAGCUGACAGUGUCUGAUGUAGAACUGAAUAGUUAUGUUUCUGAACUGAGGUCUUCUGAAAGCUCAAGUGUUUUUGAAGACAGUGGAGAGCAAAUGUCCACAGAGUUGGGACUCCCAGCAGGCUGUUUUAUUUUUCAAGAACAGGCUGCCAGCACUUCUGAGACAGAAUCUGUGCCUGUUUUUGCUUCUGAAGAAAGUGAAGAAGUAAAGCUUUCCUCUGAGCCUAUUGUUUGUAAAACUCAGAGUGUGAAAGAGUCUGUUUUGAGUACAGUAAGCUCACAGGCCUUGCUUCAUCAUGAUAUACCUGAUUGUGAUACUGGUAGGCCUGCUGACACCCAGCCCAGCCAAACAGAAAACAGCAAUAACAACUGCUCAGUUGUGAUUGGUCAAGACAGAUUCAAAUCUGUCCAAUGGCAGAAGCCCAGGGACCAAGUGUAUGAAAGCUGCCAUUUGACUGGCCAGGAAGAUGCAAAUGGCUUCCCAGUGAACCAAUCAGGGGACAGGUUACAAAAUGUGCCAGAUUUGGUCAACCUGGGCAGAAAUUCUGGUGUAUCUGAUGUCAGUUUGUCUGACUCUCACCCCAGUGCUGUUCUCAGCUCGACAUCUGCUCCAGACAUGGUGUGUGGUCAUUCCAUGGAGGGUUUGUCGUUCAACGACGAUGGUAGAUCAUGGCAGAGUCCGGUGCAUCCCCCAGAACGAAGGCGGCUGCGGUUUCUGUCUGGUCAAGAAAGCCCAGCUCAGCAUGAGGUUUUAGCCUCUGACCUCAUGAGUCCAGAUAUUCUGCUCCAGCUAACCUCUGACCUGGAGAAAGAGAACCAGUCAGUAUCAACCAAUCCCCUGGCCCGUACCAGCAGUGCUCAGUCUGACAGUAGUGGGUUUGCAGAUACCGAACCAGACAACAUGCUGGACUUAGCCAUGUCUAAGGUGAACUCGUUAAUGGGGAGUAGCUGUGAGAGUGACGUCACAUGGGCCAGCAGCGUCAACACCGUUCUCCCACACAGCAGCGAUGAACAGUCCGAUCUGAUUGGUCAACGUUCUGACCAUAUGACCACAUCAUCAGACGACCAGAUGUCACCGCCUUCAUUUUCUUCAUCGUCCAGUUUCACCGAGGAUAAGUGCAUUGGGACGGACAUCCAGGGAUUGGAUCUUAUUUUUCAAGUGCUGACCCCCAGUGGUGAAGUGUAUCAUCCUGCGCAAGGGGAGACUACGGUUGAUAACCAGAGCUCUGAUGCUGUUUUGGAAGGGAUGAGCUCGCAGUGGAAUAAUGACAUUGUGUCCGGAUUCAGUGAAAAGUCCUGUCGAUUUCACGAAUCCAGUUAUUGCAUCAUUCCGACGAUGUACGAGUCAGACUUUGGAAUAGGUUCCGAAAGCUGGUCAGCGGCAAGUAACCGGUCCAACGACUUGAACGGAAACCCUACCCCCCAGAAAAACAUAGUAUCGCGAUAUUAUAUAGACAUAUCACCACGGAAACAAAGACUCACAAGUGAGUCUGAUGCUGAUGAGAAAUCAGAAGUUUCACAACUCUCACUGAAGCUGAAAAAUGGACGUUUCAGGUCAUCAGAUAGCUGCGGAAGCUCAGAUAGUUCAACCACAACACAGCUUCACACCUCGAAGCGCAAAGUGCAGAGUUUGCGCGAGGAACUGAGCGAUGUGGAGAUGAGGCAGGAGGAGCGCGAUUCACGCGACUUUCAGGAUGAGGUGGACGAAGACUAUCCUGUAGAGGAUUGCAAUAAGUCGAUCAGCGAGGAUAGAUCGCUGGUAGAAGAAGCUGACUACUCGCUCUGCAAUUUUUCACACGUCCAUGAAACGUGUGAACAGUCGCCCGUGGGAAUGUCAACACCGAAGACCGGCCCACGACCUGAAGCCCGUGCGUUACAUGUACCUUUCUGCCGGCGUGACAUGGCCGUCUUGAACCUUUGUGCUCAUCAAAGUCCAAACGGACAGUUCACGUGUUCCCAGCUCCAGGCCGCAAGCACUCCGGAGGUCAAAAGGCAAAGGUCAGAGGAGGUUGAGGCAGCCAUCUUUGAAUACCAGAAACUUGCCUCAUUGAUAAAUCAGCCUAUUACACGGAAACGACCUGGCUUAGGUCCAGUCACAACACCUCGUUACCAAGGACCCACCCAUAGCGACAAGUGGAGAGCACUCCGACAAGAUCAGAAGCUAUCUGAAGAAACUCGUCUAAUGCAGCAAGCAAUUGACCGAUACAAGAUGGAGCUACGCCAUCUUGAAAGCUCGUUCAAUGCCCACUACAGCAAGGUCUAUGAUAUGAUGACCGAAGAAGAAAGAGAUGAAAUUGAAGAGCUCCAGCUGUUAAGAGCAGAGGUGUACAAGGAGGUGUGCGAGACGGAGAAGCUGAUGUUAAGUCGCUCUGCGCAUCUGGCGGGGAAACGGCCAGACACGCUCCGACCUUUAGCCUCAUUAGACGUCGUCCAUCAGAUGAUAGAGCUGCUGAAGGAGCAGAUGUAUCAGCGCACCGUGGUGCACGAUCUGGAUUCAUCGAUGGACCAGAUACUGGACUCAAGCUCCUCCUCUUUACCUCUGUCGCCAUGGGAAGAGGAAGUGUCCGACCUGAAGGAUGAAUUGCGGAGGGAGCAGCGAGAACAACAGAGAGAGCUGGAGAAGUCAUUUGAAGAUUUGAAGAUUUCUCUGCUUGAGGAAGUGCGGACAGAGCUGAAAUCAGGAACACAGUCACUGUAUCAAGAACUUCAGUCCAAAGAUCAGAAAAUCAACGCUCUUCAAACAGAAAUUCGACACUUAAGGCGACGAAGUUUACAAGCUGAACUGCUGCCACCUCGAUGAAUAUUUAAAUGGCUUUAUUCCAAGAGAUGUGAUUGGUCAACAGCUACCAGUGGAUCUGCAUGUCUGGGUCAUCUCAGUUAAUAUAUGGGCAUAACAUUAAGAUGUGCGAUAUGAUUGGAUGAGAGCCUUGCGUAUUCAUUGGUGGACCUGAACUGGAGAAAGGCCUUCUACUGGCUGAUUAUCCUGUGGUCAAAGGUGAUGUCCGCUCUAGGACUUGUUAUACUCCAAGGGAGGUAAUUCAUAGUCUGGAGGAAAACAGAUAUAGCACUUGAAUGAGAUGUGCACAGUGGUACUUCAGAGGAUUUUUGGCGAAAGGGAACACCCAGUUUGUUUGGUUCUGAGGAAAUGUGGACUGAAGAAGUGAUUCACAAAAAUCUACCAGUCUCUGACAGAACCUUGCAGGUGUAAAGACACAUAUUCAAGAAUAAAAAAGUAGAAACACACCUUUUAGUGCUUGUGAAAGUCAUCGGUUCCUAUGCGCAUUGCUACGUAGCCGGUAUCAUGGCUACGUUGCCAGUAUCAUUGCAGAUUUGCAAAGUUCACCUUGAACUGUAAUAAACGCUACUACUGGACAAAGACAGGAAAUUGUGGCAGAGUGCUGUGUUCCAAGAUUAAAUUGAGGCUGUGAUAAAGAUGACAAAAAUAUCGUUUUGCGAAUUUGUGCAAAAUCUAGCCAUUCCCUACUUGCAUUAUUGAUUCUCUGCAACAAGGACUUGCAAGAGAUGUCUCAGUAUCACAUGUGUAUUGUGUAUUGUUGUUAUUUGCAAUGAGGAUGUGCAAGCGUCAGUAAUCAGUGUCGUACAUGCAGCAUGCGUUAUCUACAACAGCGGUGCAAAAGUGUAGCAUUGAAUGUCACAUUGGCAUCAUGAACUGCAAGUGGAAG